AUGGGUUUCCAAAUUGAUCCAGCCUUCAUCCAAGCCAUCGAGCACCGUCCCAAGCCCACCAUCUCCGACGCCGGCAACAUCCCUCUCGUCGACUUAUCCCCUCUCCUCCAUCACCAGAUCCGUCAGAUCCUCCUCAGCCGGUUUGAGGUGGUGGCGAGGGAGUUCUUCGCAUUGCUGGCAAAGGAGAAGAAGAAGGUGAAGAAGAGGGAGGUGAAUCCAAUGGGGUAUUACGAUGUCGAGCACACAAAGAGUGUUAGGGAUUGGAGGGAGAUGUUUGGUUUCUCACUAACUGAAUGGGAGACCGAGUUGCUCCGGUUGGAGAAUCAGUGGCCGAAGAGCCCACCAAAGAUGAGUUACAUCAUCAGUGAGGUUGGAAGACAUUGA